GUUUUCUCCGUGUGCUCUUUCACUACAAUCGAAAACAAAAAUGCAUGAUUUUAAUACAAAUUUAAUCAAUUUCCAGGAGGGUCACGCUGAGAUAUCGAAUUUGCUCAUUGAACAUAAGGCCAGCGUAAAUCAUCCAGCCAAGAAUGGACUAACUCCGAUGCACUUGUGCGCACAAGAAGAUAAUGUAAAUGUAGCCGAAAUUCUACAACGUAAUGGCGCCAAUAUUGAUAUGGCCACCAAAGCAGGCUACACACCGUUACAUGUAGCCGCCCAUUUCGGUCAAGCAAAUAUGGUGCGCUUUUUAUUGAAUCAUGGUGCUAACGUGGAUGCGGCUACGUCAAUCGGCUAUACACCGCUGCAUCAGACAGCUCAGCAAGGACAUUGUCACAUCGUUAAUCUACUAUUGGAACAUAAGGCCAAUGCCAAUGCACAUACCGUCAAUGGACAGACACCGUUGCAUAUUGCACGCAAAUUGGGUUAUAUAAGUGUUUUGGAUUCUUUGAAAUCGAUUACAAAUGAACCAGAUGCAGCAACACAAACUCAAACCGAUGAAAAGUAUCGCGUUGUUGCACCUGAGGCAAUGCAUGAAUCCUUUAUGUCGGAUUCCGAAGAAGAAGGUGGCGACACAAACGAUUGGGAUCCAUGGUAUGGCAUAAAGGGUGAUCGAAAUACGAAUGAAGACCACGUUUAUCUUCCAUAUUACCAGGGCGAAACGUACUUUAUGUCUAGUAAGUUUCACACAUUGGGCUUUGCAUAAAUUAGCCAUAUAAAACCAAAUUACAGUAAAUGAAAUAAUAA